UUGAGCUAAUUAUUAAGGAAAUAUAUCCAUCUGGAUAAUGCAAAUUGAUACUCACUAACCUCUCCCAGCAGGCCUCUGAGUAGUAAUAGUGUCCGAUAUAAUCCUAAUCUCGGAUGUGACAUGGGUUGUCAAUGGCAUGUGGGCCCAGUUUCCCAUUUCGAUCAGCUUACACACACAUGCAUGUCAGCAAAUCUAGGCAGCUUCUAGUUUUUCCCUUGCUCCGGAUAAUACAUAGUACUAAUUAUAAUGCCCAAGAAAUAGUGCAACGCACCAAGAUCCUAAUUAAGUUGUUCAAGGAGGUGAUGCUGUUCCAGAGAACGAGUUAAACUUUGUCUUCGUUCCGUACUGAUUGCGGUGUGGCCGUGCCUACCACUCCACCGAUCCAAGUGAUCGAGGAAAUAAAGGAAGGAACGCCAUAGUGCGCAAUCAGCUAGUCAUGCCCCCCAUAUCGAUCGGUGCUCCGUGGUUGUAACCAUUCGGUUACGACAUGCUGCCUGCAGGCAACCUCAAGGAGUGACGACGGCUAUAAGAGGACCGGGAGUUCCUGCCGCUUGACUCGCGGCGAGAUCGAGCUGCAGCGGCUGUUGGUAGUGUUACUUACACAAAAGAGAUCGCGAGGAGGAGCAGCCAUGGGAGAAGAGAAGCAACGGGGCGGCCAUGCGGGGAAGAACAAGUAUGCCGUGGCGUGCUCCAUUAUGGGCUCCAUCAUCUCCAUCCUCAUGGGAUACGACACGGGCGUGAUGAGUGGCGCGAUGCUCUUCAUCAAGGAGGACCUCAAGACGAACGACACGCAGGUGCAGAUCCUCGCCGGCAUCCUCAACGUCUGCGCCGUCGUCGGCUCCCUCACCGCCGGCCGCGUCUCCGACUGGAUCGGCCGCCGCCUCACCAUCUCCCUCGCGGCCACCAUCUUCCUCGCCGGCUCCGCGCUCAUGGGCGUCGCGCCCAACUUCGCGACGCUCCUGGCCGGCCGCUGCGUCGCGGGCGUCGGCGUCGGCUACGCGCUCAUGAUCGCGCCCGUCUACGCGGCCGAGAUCUCGUCCGCCGAGAUCCGCGGCUCCGUCACGUCGCUGCCCGAGAUCUGCAUCAGCUUCGGCAUCCUCGUCGGGUACGUGGCCAACUACCUGCUCGCCAAGCUGCCGCUGGUCUACGGCUGGCGCGCCAUGCUGGGCCUCGGCGCGCUGCCCAGCGCCGUGCUCGCGGUCGGCGUCGUCGCGAUGCCGGAGUCGCCGCGGUGGCUCGUCAUGCAGGGCCGCGUCGAGCAGGCCCUCGCCGUGCUCCGGCGGGUGUGCGACACCGCCGACGAGGCCGACGUGCGCCUCACGGAGAUCAAGGUCGCGGCGGGGAUAGCAGAUGACGCCGCCGCGGGCGCGCCCCACCAACCGAGCAGUGUCGGCAAGGGCGUCUGGAGGGAGAUGUUCUUGCACCCGACGCCGCCCGUCCGGCGUAUCCUCGUCGCGGCCUUCGGCGUCCACUUCUUCCAGCACCUCACGGGCAUCGAGGCCGUGGUGCUCUACAGCCCGCGAAUCUUCAAGGCGGCCGGCAUCGCCACGCGCAGCGAGAUCCUCGUGGCCACCAUCGGCGUCGGCGUGACCAAGACGGUGUUCAUCCUGACGGCCAUCCUGCUCGUGGACCGCAUCGGCCGGAGGCCGCUCUACCUCUCCAGCCUCGCGGGGAUCGUCGCCUCGCUGGCAUGCCUCGGCUUCGGCCUCACCGUCGUCGAGCGCUCGGCGCCGCACCACUCGCCGGCGUGGGCGGUGGUGCUGUCCAUCGCGACGGUGUUCACCUUCAUAGCGUCCUUCUCCGUCGGCGUGGGUCCCAUCACCUGGGCGUACAGCUCGGAGGUGUACCCGCUCCGGCUGCGCGCGCAGGGCGCCAGCGUGGACGUGGCCAUCAACCGCGUCAUGAACGCCGGCGUGUCCAUGACGUUCGUGUCGCUGUACAAGGCGGUGACCAUCGGCGGCGCCUUCUUCCUGUUCGCGGGGCUGGCCGUGCUGGCCGCCACGUUCUUCUACUUCCUGUGCCCCGAGACGCAGGCCCGGCCCCUGGAGGAGAUCGAGGAGGUUUUCAGCCGCGGGUGGCGUGAACGGCGUCGGUCACCGGCGAUGGCUGUGGAGCUUCCGGCGUCCAACGUCCCCGACGGCAAGGCGCAGCCCUGAAUCCGUGAUGCGACAGAAAUAAAUGUGCAUAACCAAUGUGUUUAUAUGUCAAGACUUCUCAUUUGGGAUGGAACAUUCCCAAGGAACUAUGAUCCUAAACUAUCUCAAAUAAAAAAACUUGCGAACUAAACAAUUUAGAUCUCA